AAUCUGGUAAACUAACUGUAGCUGUAAGCUACUUGGCCAAGAGAAACGUGAAUUUGUCCAAGAAAUCUAAAAGCCUAGGCGUCGCUCGAGGGGUUUCAUUCGGUCAGAGUGUGGGAGAGUCCGCGAGCAAUGGCCUCUCCGACCGGUGAUCGGCUGCUGCUGUCGGACAGACGGCGCGGCGGGCGCGGUACUGCGGGCGCCAUCCCUCGUCUCCCUCCUCUCUCCGUGAAUACGUCGUCCAGAUAUGGCGGGAGAUCUUUGCUGCACUACAGAGACAGCCAACGGCGACAGGCUCUGGUCUCCAACAUCGUUGAGAGCAGGGCGGCCCAGAAUCUGAUGUCCACGGCUCAGUUAAACCGACAUCGACCUCCGUCCCCGAAAGCUCCAGCUCUUCCCGAGGAAAUGAUGAGCCAAGACAGAGAGACAAGACUGAACUACGAGGCUCUGAGACAGUGUGUGGCAAGAGCCCCGAUAACUCCAAUGCCAGAGGAGCAGUGGAGUCAAAUUCUCACCCAAAUCGACCCAAAACUCAUCUCCAAACCCUUCUCCCCCUCCCUCAUCUCCUCCGUCCGAUCUGAAGUGAGGUCCCGCUACGAAGAGACCAUCAGAAAAGCAAACAUUGCUAUGACACUUCUAAAGCCCAGCGUGAAGGGUGCCGUGCAGGAAAUCCUUGUCAAACCAGACCCUGUUGGACUGGAUUUUUCGACCACUUGGAGAGAGAGGUAUGAGGUGGCACGGGAGGAACUGGAGGCCCGUCUCCAUCUCACCCACCCCGUCAUGAGAAGACUGCUGGAUCUGUGGCAGGAACAGCAUCUCACCUCCAUACUUGACCUUCAUGAACUCAGGUCUCGAGGGACGCUGGACAUAGAGAGGUUCAAGAACAUUGUGUCUCUAACAUUGGAGACUGCGGAGGAGAAGUUGAGGACGUCGUGGUAUUCGCGAGUUCUGGAGCUGUUCACGGGAGAUCAGAGGAUGGUCAGAGGGAGAUUGGGGGCUGGGUUCCAUGACAGCAUCUCCACUCUCCUCGCCAAUCAGCUUCGCUCGCUGCUCAGUUCAACAAUGGAGAACUACACGUCUCUCUUCUCCCCCGAAGACACCACCCAACUCCCCGUCUUCAAACUGCAGCUGUGCCUCGACGAAGAUGCCAUACAAUUCUUCCCGACUCUGGAAGAUCUUGAGGCAGCUGUGAUGUUCCCACUCAACACUCUGGCUUCUGAUAUUCUCCAGUCAUUCCCUCUCAUUCAGGCGUGGCUGGAAGGAGCCAGUCCCUGUCCAUCUUUGGCAGUCAAUGUUGAUCGGGCGGUCCUUGCUUGCUGUAGGGGCGUGGUCUCGGAAGCCCUACAGAGAAACCUACAAGGCCCCAUGAAAUACAUGGAAUCUUGCUAUGGUUGCUAUGACAACCUGGUCUCCGGGGCCUACCAAUCGGACGUCGAGGCAUUCCUCUCGUCUCCGCACGGUCUCGCGGAGUUCAAACCGGAGAUCGAGAAACUCCGUUCCCUGAUCUCCGAUAUCUCUGGACUGGACGAUGUUGUGUUCUUUGCGAUGGUGCAACUGGACUGCUCUGAUGUCAAGACUGGGCUGCUGAGGAGAGCUGGGGACCUGCUGCAACUGUUGGUGGAGCAACUGGCGUCUGAUCACGUCACCGACAGCCAGAGGCUCAUAAGAGAGUACGAACAGUUUGAAACCACAGUGACCCACACACCAGCUGACUCCAGCGAGAUGACUCAACUGGUCCAGUACAUGGAGAACUCCGGAGCCGGUAUACUGGCUGACAUGUGGGACGGAGUCCAGUUGUCUCUGAAGCGACUGUCAUACCUGCUGGACAUCCACUCCUUCCCUUCGUCUGACCUCUCUCUGAACCAGACGGUGCUCACCUGGCCGGCAAAGAUCCCCGCCAUCUUCGAGAGAGGAGAGAAAAUCGUGGAAGAAUCCAAGACAAGAGGAGAGGCCACGCUCAGAGAGAAACAAGAGAAAGUUGUCAUCGAAAUCGAGAAGGUUCACCGAAGUGUAGAGGAGUUGGCCGAGUAUUCUGACUUCUCUCAGAUGGCACAGUACUCCAAAGAGAUCACCAGGAUCCAGAAGAGGAUCGGAGAGCUGUCAGACCACAUCUCUGAGAUCAAUCGCGAGGAGACUCUCUUCAAAUGGAGUCAGAGUACCUAUCCCCAGCUGGACACCAUCGGUGGGCAGCUGGAUCCAUUCCAGAAGCUGUUCUCCACCAUACUCAAGUGGCAGAAGGCCGAGAAGAGGAUCAUGGAUGGAACGUUCCUCGAACUCAAUGCUGAGAAGACACAAGCGGAGGUUGAAGAGUAUGGAAGAGAGAUGUACAAACUAGUGAAGACAUUUCUCUCCAAGUGGAAGCAACAGAAGGGGAAGGAGCUGGGGGGAGGGAUAAAGAGGGAUGCAGCUGCCAUGGCGGGAGGCAGGAGGGCUGAGGAGGGAGACGAUUUCCCUCCACUCAAGAUGGCUCGCACCGCUCACGAACAAGUCAAGACUUUCAAGGACUAUCUGCCAGUGGUACACAUCCUGUGUAACCCCGGACUGAGACUGAGGCACUGGGAGAAGAUGUCCGAAGCGAUCGGCUUCAACAUCACCCCAGACUCCGGGACCUCACUCAGGAAGAUGAUCAAGUCAGUUGAGAGACUUGUCAUUGCAGCUUCUAAUCAUAUAAACUGUUACUGAAAGUGAAACUUUAUUGAACUCACACUGGGCCCAAUCUUUAGUAACAUUUCUAAAUAUGGCCCUUAUGUACAUACUACCACGUUUGGAAGGACACACACGCUCGCUUUCGCAUUUUAUGAGGGAAUUUAGGUAGCUCCUGGCUGAAUUGCUUGUCAAUUUGAAAUAGUAGUAGCAUUCACAUUUAACCCCUCUCUCACUCCCUAAUCAGACACAACCUUGAGCCGUACCUGGAGAAGUUUGAGAUCAUCAGUGCAGCGGCCAGUAAGGAGUACAGUCUAGAGAAAGCCAUGCAGAGAAUGGAGGACGACUGGGACGUUGUCCUCUUCAACACCACUCAGUACAGGGACACUGGAGUGUCAAUUCUGACAGCUGUGGACGACAUACAGACGACACUGGACGAUCAGAUUGUAAAGACGCAGACAAUGAGAGGCUCGCCGUUCAUCAAGCCGUUUGAGACACGGAUCAAGGCCUGGGAGGAGAGGCUGCUGAGAAUGCAGGACAUUCUGGACGAAUGGCUCAAGGUCCAAGCACAGUGGCUGUACCUAGAGCCCAUAUUCUCUUCGGAGGACAUCAUGGCCCAGAUGCCCGAAGAAGGCAAACUAUUUCAACAGGUCGACAAGAACUGGAAAGAUAUUAUGAGAAACACGGUCAAGAAUCCAAAAGUCUUGGCAGCCACGGGCCAAGCAGGACUUCUGGAGAAGCUCAGAACCAGCAACGCCCUUCUUGAGAAAAUCCUUAAAGGUCUCAACGCUUACCUAGAGAAAAAGAGGCUGUUUUUCCCGCGAUUCUUUUUCCUCUCGAACGACGAAAUGCUGGAGAUUCUGUCCGAGACAAAAGACCCCACGAGAGUCCAACCUCACCUCAAGAAGUGUUUUGAGGGAAUCGGAAAACUGGAGUUUCUUCCUAAUAUGGACAUUGCCGCCAUGUUCAGCAGCGAGGGGGAGAAGGUUGAAUUUUCUCAGAUCAUUUCGACAAGCGCCGCACGUGGAGCGGUGGAGAAAUGGCUGCUACAGGUCCAGGAGGUCAUGGUCGUGUCUGUGAGAGACAUCAUCCAGCAGGCUAAAGAGGCUUAUCCAGUGACGGAGAGGCUUGACUGGGUGCGUCAGUGGCCCGGGCAAGUCGCCAUCUGUGCCAACCAAAUCUACUGGACUGAGGAGGUCCACGAAGCCAUAGGAAACGGAGUCCAGGGAGUCAAGGACUACCACAAGAAGCUGCGAGAACAGUUGUCCGACAUUGUGACCCUCGUGCGAGGAAAGCUCCCUAAACAGACGCGAGUUACGCUGGGAGCGCUGGUUGUCAUCGACGUACACGCCAAGGACGUGGUCCAGGAACUCGUUGACAAAGAGGUGACGUCUGACACAGAUUUCAACUGGCUGUGUCAGCUCCGUUACUACUGGGAGAAAGAUGACUGCAUCGCCAGAAUCACCAACGCCAGCGUCAAAUACCAGUACGAAUACCUCGGAAAUACUGGGAGAUUGGUGAUAACCCCCCUGACUGACCGCUGCUACCGAACCCUCGUGGGGGCCUUCCACCUGAACCUGGGGGGUGCCCCCGAGGGGCCCGCGGGGACCGGGAAGACGGAGACGGUGAAAGACCUGGCGAAGGCUCUGGCCACUCAGUGCGUCGUCUUCAACUGCUCGGACGGACUGGACUAUCUUGCCAUGGGGAAGUUCUUCAAAGGUCUCGCUAGCGCUGGAGCGUGGGCUUGCUUUGAUGAGUUCAACAGAAUCGAACUGGAGGUUCUGUCAGUGAUAGCUCAGCAGAUGCUGUCAAUCCAGAGAGCCGUGAUAGCCCACCUCUCGUCGUUCGUGUUCGAGGGAACAACUAUCUCCCUGAAGCCUUCUUGCUUCGUCUGUAUCACCAUGAACCCUGGCUAUGCUGGUCGAUCCGAACUUCCCGACAAUCUCAAGGUUCUGUUCCGUACGGUUGCCAUGAUGGUACCGGACUAUGCCAUGAUUGGAGAGAUCAUGCUCUACUCCUAUGGCUUCGUCGACGCGCGAAACCUCUCAGUCAAGAUCGUCACCACAUAUCGUCUCUGCUCUGAACAGCUAUCCAGUCAGUUCCACUAUGACUACGGCAUGAGGGCUGUGAAGUCGGUGCUGGCAGCUGCUGGGAACCUGAAACUGAAAUAUCCAACUGAAGAUGAAAACGUUCUCCUCCUUCGCUCCAUUAUGGACGUCAACCUGCCCAAGUUCCUGGCUCCAGACAUUCCCCUGUUCAAGGGAAUCAUCUCAGACCUGUUUCCCGGUGUCCAACUGCCCAAACCGGACUACGACGAGUUUCUCAGUGCCGCCAAUCAGGUGUGCACUGAGAAGAUCCUCCAAGCCACGGAGUUCUUCAUCCAGAAACUCAUCCAGACCUACGAGAUGAUGAUCGUCCGACACGGCUUCAUGCUGGUUGGAGGACCGUUUGCCUCCAAGACAAAAGUACUCAACGUUCUCGCCUCCACUCUCACUCUGUUGAACGAACGCGGACAGAUGGAGGAGUACAAGACAAUGUACAAGGUGAUCAAUCCAAAGGCGGUUACAAUGGGUCAGCUAUUUGGUCAGUUUGAUCCUGUCUCCCACGAAUGGACCGACGGCAUUGUCGCCAAUACUUUCAGGGAGUUUGCGAAGGCAGAGAACGACGACCGGAAAUGGGUGGUGUUUGACGGGCCGGUGGACACUCUGUGGAUUGAGAGCAUGAACACCGUGCUGGACGACAACAAGAAACUGUGUCUGAUGAGCGGCGAAAUCAUCCAGAUGUCGGCCAGCAUGAAUCUCAUCUUUGAGGCCGACGACCUUUCCCAGGCUUCGCCGGCAACAGUGAGCAGAUGUGGCAUGAUCUACCUCGAGCCUUCCUCAUUCGGCUGGCGUCCCAUCUUCACCUCCUGGGUCGCCCAGCUGCCUCCCAGUCUCGCAGAUCACUCACCUCUCAUCACCGCCCUCGUUGACUGGCUGGUCGACCCCUGCCUCGAUCUCGUUCAGAGGCAUCUCAAGGAGUUGGUGCCGACCUCGGAGGCUAAUCUGACGCGAUCUCUGAUGUACAUGUUUGACAUGAUGAUGUCAUCGGCGGUGGAGGACGAGAAGGCAGCAAGGGAGAACAAGAAUCUGAGAGUAUGGAUGACGAGCACCUUCCUGUUCUGUCUGGUGUGGUCGCUAGGCGCCACAUGCGACGGGAACGGACACGAAAAGUUUGACUCGUUUCUCCGAGAGCUGAUGAGCGGGAAAAUGGAAGGUCACGUCAUCCCUGGCGAAGUCGGAAAAAUUGACGUACCCAUCCCUCCCGAGGGCCUGGUCUAUGACUACAUGUUUGAGCAAAAGGGGCGGGGAAAGUGGAUCCCCUGGCUGGACACCAUAAAGGACAAGGUGAUAGAUCCCGGUAUCAAGAAAUUGAGUGACAUCAUCGUACCGACGUUGGACACAGCUCGCUAUUCCUACCUUCUGGACGUGAUGAUCACCCACGGCAGAACAGUCCUGUUUGUCGGUCCCACUGGCACCGGGAAGACCGUCUACAUCAAAGACAAACUACUCAACAGAAUCAACAAGGAAAUCUUCCAACCACUCGUGAUAAAUUUCUCGGCCCAGACGAGGGCAGGUCAGGUGCAGGAUCUGGUGAUGUCGAAACUGGACAAACGGAGGAAGGGAGUGUUUGGCCCUCCAGUUGGGAAGAAGAGCGUCAUUUUCAUCGACGACAUGAACAUGCCUGCCAGAGAGCAGUACGGGGCACAGCCUCCUAUAGAGCUGCUGAGACAGUGGAUGGACCACGCCAUGUGGUAUGACAAGAAGGACACGACAAAGCUCCAGCUGGUGGACCUGCAGAUGAUAGGGGCUAUGGGCCCCCCUGGGGGAGGCAGGAACCCCAUCACGCCGCGAUUCCUGAGACAUUUCAACAUCAUCGGGAUCAACGAGUUCAGCGACGAGACGAUGAGCAGAAUAUUCUCCAACAUCGUCACCUUCAAACUGAAGGCGGAGAACUUCCACCCGGAGUACCACACCCUUGGUACUAUGCUUGUCUCUGCCACUCUCCACGUGUACAAAGAGGCCAUGAAGAACCUCCUCCCCACACCUGCCAAGUCACACUACGUCUUCAACCUGAGAGACUUUGCCCGUGUCGUGCUCGGCUGUCUCCUCGUGAAGCCUCAGUCGCUGGAGAACAAGAGGACGUUCAUUCGACUGUGGGUCCACGAGGUGUACCGAGUGUACUACGACAGACUGGUGGACGGGAAAGAUAGACAGUGGGUCUUCGAACUGCUCCAGGGUGCAGUGAAGCAGCACUUCAAGGAGGACUUCAACAACCUCUUCAAUCACCUCCUGGCCGGUGGAGGAGGGAGGGUGACCGACGACAACAUGAGGUCUCUUCUGUUCGGAGACUACAUGAACCCUGAUGCCGAGACCAAGUUGUACGAGGAAGUGGCUAGUCUGGAUGACCUGACUGGAGUGGUGGAAACAGCUCUGGAGGAGUACAAUAACACCCACAAGAACAGAAUGGACCUCGUCAUUUUCAGGUAUGUUCUGGAGCACCUGUCGAGGAUCUGUCGUAUCAUCAAGCAGCCUGGAGGCAACGCUCUGCUGGUUGGAGUGGGGGGCAGUGGGAGACAGUCUCUCACACGCCUUGCCACAUCGAUGGCCGACUACACGCUCUUCCAGCCCGAGAUCACCAAGAGCUACGGCGACCCCGAGUGGAAGGAAGACCUCAAGACACUCCUGAAACAGGCUGGCAAGGACGGCAAAACCACGGUGUUCCUACUAACUGACACUCAGAUCAAGCAAGAGUCAUUUCUUGAAGACGUCGAUGGCCUCUUGAACGCAGGGGAAGUCCCCAAUCUCUUUGCCAUUGACGAGAAGCAAGAGAUCGUUGAGGCGAUGCGACCGAUGGCACAAGCAGAGAACAAGGACGCAGAGCAUACGCCUCUUUCACUCUUCAACUACUUCGUGAAUCGAUGUAGAGAAAAUCUGCACGUCAUUCUCGCAUUCUCACCGAUCGGGGACGCAUUCCGGAGUCGCGUGCGCCAGUUCCCAUCCCUCAUCAACUGCUGUACCAUUGACUGGUUCCAAGCCUGGCCCGACGAUGCUCUCGAGUUGGUUGCCAACCGGUUCCUUGAGGAAGUUGAGUUGAACACGGACGAGCGGUCGGCGACUGUCACUAUCUGCAAACACUUCCACCAGAGCGCACGCGAGCUCUCCGAUACGUUCCUGGCCAAACUGGGCCGCCAUAACUACGUGACGCCCACCUCCUACCUGGAGCUGAUAUCCUCCUUCAAGAAACUGCUGGGCGGCAGUCGAGGCACCAUUGUGAAGAUGAAGAACAGAUACGUCGUUGGUCUGGAGAAACUAGAGUUCGCUGCAUCACAGGUGGCCAUGAUGCAGAAGGAAUUGGAGGAGCUGCAGCCGAAACUGGAGGUGGCGAAGGAGGAGAACGCCAAGAUGAUGACAGUCAUCGAGCGAGAGAGCACGGAGGUAGCCGCCAGGAGUAAGGUGGUGAAGAGAGAUGAAGCUGCAGCCAACAAACAAGCUGCAGAGGCUCAAGCACUCAAGGACGAGUGUGAGGGAGAUUUAGCAGAGGCAAUACCUGCCCUGGAGGCAGCCCUGGCAGCUCUGAACACGCUCAAACCCUCUGACAUCACCAUCGUCAAGACGAUGAAGAGCCCGCCGGCCGGAGUGAGACUGGUGAUGGCAGCUGUGUGUGUGAUGAGAGAUAUCAAACCUGACAAGAUCAAUGAUCCUGCAGGCACAGGUCAGAAAAUCCUGGACUACUGGGGACCGUCGAAACGCCUGCUGGGAGACAUGAAAUUCCUGGACAUACUCCGCGAGUACGACAAGGACAACAUAGCAGUCCACAUCAUGACGAAGAUCCGCAGCGAAUACUGCACGAACCCCGAUUUCGACCCCGUGAAAGUCAGAACUGCAUCUUCUGCGGCCGAGGGUCUGUGCAAGUGGGUCCAAGCCAUGGAAAUCUACGAUAGAGUCGCCAAAGUUGUCGCUCCGAAGAAGGCGAAACUGGCCGAAGCGGAGCAAUGCCUCAAGGAGACGUUGGUAGUGCUGAACGCAAAGAGAGCUGAGUUGAAGGAAGUUGAGGAUCGACUUGCCGUGCUGACUGCUCAGUUUGAGGAGAAGACGAAAGAAAAGGAAGACCUCGAGUUUCAGGUGGAUCUGUGUGCCAAGAAGCUGGACAGAGCUCAAAAACUGAUCGGAGGUCUGGGAGGUGAGAAAGAUCGGUGGACGCAGGCUGCCGCCUCACUUCAGGAGACAUACGACAACCUCACUGGGGACGUGCUGAUAUCGUCGGGGGUGAUUGCCUACCUGGGGGCAUUCACGUCUGCAUUCAGAACCGAAUGCUCUCGCGAAUGGAGCAAGAAAUGCCAGGCGCUGAAGGUACCUUGUAGCCAUGACUACAGUCUCAGCAGGACGCUGGGUGAACCAAUCAAGAUCAGGGCCUGGAAUAUAGCUGGUCUCCCCACCGAUGCCUUCUCCAUUGACAAUGGCGUCAUUGUGGCUAACACUAGGAGAUGGCCCCUGAUGAUCGACCCACAGGGCCAGGCGAACAAGUGGGUGAAGAACAUGGAAAAGGAGAGCGGACUUCGCGUGGUGAAACUGACGCAGGCCGACUACGUGAGAACUCUGGAGAACUGCAUUCAGUUUGGAACUCCAGUCCUCAUCGAGAAUGUCGGCGAAGAGCUGGAUCCAUCCCUGGAACCUCUGCUGCUCAAACAGACCUUCAAACAAGGUGGUGUAUGGUGCAUCAAGUUGGGAGACACCGUAAUCGAGUAUUCCAGCGACUUCCGACUGUACAUCACCACAAAACUCCGCAACCCUCACUACCUCCCCGAGCUGUCCACGAAGGUCACUCUCCUGAACUUCAUGAUCACUCCCGAAGGCCUCGAGGACCAGCUGCUUGGCAUCGUCGUCGCCAAGGAAAGGCCGGAGCUAGAAGAGGAAAGAAGUGCCCUAAUCCUCCAGUCGGCCACCAACAAGAAGCAACUCAAGGAAAUCGAAGACAAGAUUUUGGAGACCCUCUCCUCGUCAGAGGGAAACAUUCUGGAGGAUGAGACCGCCAUUCAGAUUCUUGACUCUUCCAAGGUUCUCUCGAAUGAGAUCUCAAAGAAACAGAAGAUUGCAGAGGAUACGGAGAAGAAACUGGAGCAGUCUCGGGCAGGCUACCGACCUGUGGCGGCUCACGGCUCCGUCCUCUUCUUCUCAAUCACAGACCUUCCCAACAUAGACCCCAUGUACCAGUACUCCCUCUCCUGGUUCGUCAACCUCUUCCUCAAGUCCAUCAACGAGAGUACCAAGUCAAAGCAGUUGGACCGACGACUUCGCUACCUCACCGACCACUUUACCUACAAUCUCUACUGCAAUGUCUGUCGCUCUCUCUUUGAGAAAGACAAACUUCUCUUCUCCUUCAUUCUCUGCUGUAACCUACUCACAGCCAAAAACAACAUGGAUCACACUGAGUUCAUGUUCCUGCUGACUGGAGGAGUUGGACUGGAGAACAAACUGGCUAAUCCUGCUCCCGACUGGUUAUCUGACAAAUCCUGGGACGAGAUAUGUCGAAUGUGUGACCUCAAGGGCUUCAAGGGGUUCAGGAAGUCGUUCACCGAACAACUGGGAGGCUGGAAGUCCUACUACGACGACAAGGAGCCCCACAAGGCAGCCAUCCCUGCUCCCUGGGGCGAAAAACUGACAGACUUUCAGAAGAUGAUCGUCCUGCGCUGCCUCAGACCUGACAAGGUGGUUCCCCUAAUGACGUCAUUCGUGAGCCGUCAUCUCGGUCAGAAGUUUAUCGAGCCUCCGCCGUUCGACCUGGCCCGCAGCUACGCCGACUCAAACUGCUGCAUUCCUCUUCUCUUUGUCCUCUCCCCCGGAGCUGACCCCAUGGCAGGGCUGCUCAAAUUCGCCGAGGAUAAGGGAUUCAGCGGUGAAAAGUUCAACGCCAUUUCUCUGGGCCAAGGACAGGGUCCCAUUGCAAACAAGUUGAUCACGGCAGGUGUCCAGGACGGAACGUGGGUGGUCCUCCAGAACUGUCACCUAGCAGUGUCAUGGAUGCCUUCUCUGGAGAAGAUAUGUGAAGACUUCUCUCCUGAUAACGUUCAUCGGGACUUCCGGCUGUGGCUCACCUCAUACCCUUCUGACAAGUUCCCAGUCACGGUGCUCCAGAACGGAGUCAAGAUGACCAACGAGCCACCGACAGGACUGAGGCAGAACCUCCUCCAGUCCUAUCUCACCGACCCCAUCUCAGACCCCGCCUUCUUUGCCGGCUGCCCCGAGAAGGAACUGGCGUGGGAAAAGCUGCUAUUCUCUCUGUGCUUCUUCCACGCUCUUGUUCAAGAGCGUCGCAAAUUCGGUCCCCUCGGCUGGAACAUUCCCUACGGUUUCAACGAAUCCGACCUUCGAAUCUCCGUCCGCCAGCUACAGAUGUUUAUCAACGAAUACGAGUCAAUCCCGUUUGAUGCGCUGACGUACAUGACGGGGCAAUGCAACUACGGAGGUAGGGUGACGGACGAUUGGGACAGACGCUGCCUCAUGAACAUUCUCUCCAAUUUCUACACGUCCGACGUGGUGACGGAUGCGAAGUAUGCGUUCUCCAGCAGCGGGGUGUACUAUGCACCUCCCAAAGGAGAGCACGAGAUGUACGUCGAAUUUAUCAAGGAGUUGCCGAUGUCCCAGAAUCCAGAGGUAUUUGGAAUGGACGACAACGUGGACAUCUCGAAGGAGCUCCAGGAGACCAAGGAACUCUUUGACUCUAUUCUAGUCACCCAGUCGCAGCACUCUGGUGGCAGCAGCGGCAAGACGGUGGACGAUACCCUCAACGAAAUAUCCGCAGAUAUUCUCUCCAAGCUCCCUCCGGUGUUCGACCUGGAGCAGGCGAUGAAGCUCUAUCCGGUCAGCUACGGAGAGAGCAUGAACACCGUGCUGGUCCAGGAGAUGGAGAGAUUCAACCGACUCACUUCUGCCAUCACAACCUCUCUCUCCAACCUGCAGAAGGCACUCAAAGGCCUGGUGGUAAUGAACGCCGAACUGGAAAGCCUCUCCCACUCUCUCCUCAUCGGUAGAGUGCCCGACUACUGGGCCAAACGGUCUUACCCCAGCCUCAAGCCUCUGGGCAGCUACAUCAACGACCUGCUGCUGAGACUCAAGUUUCUCCAGGAAUGGCUGGAGAAGAACAAGCCUCCCAUCUUCUGGAUUUCCGGGUUCUACUUCACUCAGGCGUUCCUGACGGGAGCGAUGCAGAACUAUGCCAGGAAGUACACCAUCCCCAUUGAUAAACUGACGUUUGAGUUCGAGGUUCUGUCGGUGAGCGACUGCAGCGAGCCACCGGACGACGGGGUGUAUGUAAAGGGGCUCUACCUCGACGGAGCGAGAUGGGACUGGGACAGAGGUGUUCUGACUGAGCAGCUUCCUAAAGUACUGUACGAUAUGAUGCCAGUCUUCUGGUUGAAACCUACCAAGAAAGAGGACGUGGUGGACAGAGGGCAGUACUUGUGUCCGGUCUAUAAGACUAGUGCCAGGAGAGGGACCCUCUCUACAACAGGUCACUCCACCAACUAUGUCCUGCCAGUCAAACUGCCUUCAGACAAACCGUCAAAUACUGGAUACUGCGAGGAACUGCCCUGCUUUGCCAGCUGGACGACUGAUGGGGCUGGCCUCCGUGGUUCUGUCUGUCUGUGUGUUUAUUGUGCAUAUACAACUCCAGAAACCCACAGUUUAUAUAGAGUAGAGCAUUGUCUCAUACAAUAUUGUGGCAAUAAUAUCACUUGUUUAUGGUUUUCGGUAUAUACUUACAGUGGCCAAAUUUUG